AUGACUGCCUCGAUAGGCCACGGUAGAGAGCCGAACAUUACAUUCAUGGAGUCGGACCACAUCCAGCCCGAGUCGAUUACGAAAGCUAUGCUAGACAUUCCCAAAUUCGAAGAGAUGGCACUACAAGACACUUGGAAAGACUAUUUCAACGCCAAAAGCAUGUCGUCUGAUGCAGAUCGUGCUAUCGGUGGCUCUUUGAGUCCUUACUCUGAUCCAAACACGACCGUUAACGCUCCAAUGUUCUUUGGGCUUGGUCCGCUGCUCGGCGCCCUCUAUGAUUUCAACGUUACCGAAAUGUUGUAUGACAAGGAGCUUGCAUCCCGCGCAGCAAGAGUCAAAGGAAGGUUCUUUACGGAGUGUCUUCGCGAGGCCCUGAAUGACCCCGACGUAACAAGCGUCGAGCUUACGAAAGGGAAGGCAACAAUGGUCGAAAACAGAAUCAUGUUCAACAUCAGCCGACACGAUCAUUAA